AUGGCCGGCGAUCCGCUCACGACGGCUGGCCAGCCCGACCCUCGUCCACCACGCGAGCGCCCGUGGUUGCUGCCAUACAACCGCAAGCUCCGGCAUCUCCAAGGCAUCACCAUUCGCAACCUUACUCUGACCCCCAGCACUACAAAGCCACGCGGAAAGACUAUUGACGAUGAAGCCGUCCCCAGCACCUUCAAGUCGCCGGCAAAGGCGCUGGCAUUGCGUGAGAGCAGGGGCCUGGCGCAUUCCCGCUCAUCCAGCGACCUCACCUCACCCGACGAUGCCGUGCGGCGCAGCAAUGGCUUGCGCGACCCCACGACUCCCCAGAAAGCAAAUAGGCCGGUGGCCGGGAGGGGCCUGCGUAGGCGCUCUACAAUGGAGUGGACCAAUGCGAGCCCAUUGACUCGCCAGAAGAAGCUGGAAGACAUCACUGCUGGGCGCAUGGCCGACACCUUCUUCUCGCUGCACGUCGAGGACCGGACGGACCCAAUUUACAUUUCUGAGGUCGUCGACAAGGCUAUGAACCCAAACUUCAAGUUUUUCGAUCUUGGCCCCUGUGGACCGGGUGUCACGCGAUUGGACACGCUCACAAUCAGGGUGUGGGCUAAGAGCGAGACGAUGCAGAACUGGCAAUACCUGCUUGACUAUACUGUACAGUUCCGGUCGCUCCAGUUCAUUGGCAAGACCCUUGAAGGCUUCAGACACCCUCUUCCACAGAACUGUGUGCUCUUCUAUAUGACGGACGGCAUCUAUACUAGCUUCACAGACCUACCAGUGCAGCAAAGGAUGCGACCAGAACUUCUUGCACCGCCCAAAAAGAAUCCUGAUGGUCGAGUGCUUCCAUCUUCCUCUUAUGACGCCCUCAUGAGACUAUCGACGCUCGACGACUGCAUACAAGACGCACUGACUACGCGAGACCGGAUUGCUGACGAGAUUGAGGGUAUACUCGUAUCGAAUAAAGAGGAUAUAUUCACAGUGGAAUCAGUAGCUGAGACGGAAGAAAGCUUGCGGACAGUGCAGGCCGCGGUGACGGCCGAAAAACGACGUGUUGCGGCUGCGCGAAGAAGACGUGACGAGCUGCAAGCCAACAUUCUGGACCGGCGAGAGAAGAUGAAGGCUGGGAGGGAACAGCAAUUGAAAGCGGAGAGUGAAAUCUCUGAACAAAGAGCCAAUAUUGGCCAGACUAAAGAGCUUUUGGAAAAGACUCUAGAAGAUAUUACUGGCCAACGACGAAGGGUGUGUGAAGACUUGCUCAGAAUAUUCCCGAUCGAGCCUGUGCCUGGUAAAGCUCUGACGUUUACAAUACGGGGGCUUUUGCUGCCAAACUCCAUUUUCGAGGAUGCAAAGGAAGACGUUACUUCUGCAGCACUGGGCUAUGUGGCCCAAGUUGUCAAUUUGCUCUCGCCCUAUCUGUCCGUCAUGCUGCCGUAUCCGGUAUCGUUACACGGGUCAACGUCGACAAUUGAUGAUCCACUGGCUAUUUCACAGAAUCAACAAAACCACCAACGUACCUAUCCCCUCUACAUGAAGAAUGUCGUGAGGUACCGAUUUGAGUAUGGUGUGUUCCUUCUCAACAAGAACAUUGAGAUUCUCUCAAACUCGCUGGGACUGCGGCCACUGGACAUCCGCCACACGUUGCCAAACCUCAAAUAUCUGCUGUAUGUGGCCACGGCCGGCAAAGGCGAACUACCAGCUCGCAAGGCGGGCGGAAUCAAGGGCCUGUUGCGACAGGAUGGUGUUCUCUCGCGAAAGGGAAGCAUGGAUAGUACCAUGACUGCGAGCAGUGUUGGCACGCCCACGAUUGAAGUGAAGAGGAGUUUGGAGAUUGCUGGGAAGAAACUAGAGCAGGCUAAUGGCACGCCUGUACAUGGUAUGGGGACACCGCAGCACAAAACUAAUGUGCAUCCUGGAAGUCGGCUUAGACCGUUGGAGUGA